AUGGGAUCCGAUCACUCUUCGAGCAAGCCGAGACUCGUCAUUGUAUCUAACCGACUCCCGCUCUCUGUCGAACAGAAGAAUGACAUUUUCGAAGUCACCCAAUCGAGUGGCGGACUGGUGAGUGCCUUAAGAGGUCUCAAAGCCGCCGAUUAUGUGUGGCUAGGGUGGCCUGGAGUGGCGGUAAAUGAAGGCGACAUGGAAAUCGUCGACACUGCAUUAGCCAAGGAAAAUGCCGCAGCUAUAUACCUCGACGAUGGCCUGGCUAAGGAUCACUAUAAUGGAUUUUCCAACGCUAUUUUGUGGCCUAUUCUACACUAUCAAUCAGGGGUAGUGAUGAACCCAGACGCAUGGGAAGCGUAUAGGCGAGUGAAUGAACUGUUCGCGGACAGAGUCAUUCAGGAAGCCAGAGAUGGUGAUCUAAUUUGGGUACAUGACUAUCACCUGUUUCUCCUUCCACAAAUGCUGCGAGACCGCUUGCAUGUACAGAAGAAACGCUGUCUGAUAGGGUUUUCACUUCACACUCCGUUUCCCGUGGACGAUUUCUGGCGAGGACUCCCGGUUCAGGAGGAUUUGCUCCGAGGUAUCCUUGGUAGCGAUGUCAUCGGUUUCCACACUGAUGAGUACAGAAAAAACUUUGUCACCGCCUGUGAUAUUCUCCUUGAUUCUGUCCAACUGAAAGACGACCAGAUUCAGAUUAAUGACCGCAUCGUUAAGACUGGUAAAUACGUUGUGGGAAUCGACUACGAGAGAUUCGCGACUGCAAUCAGCGAUGACAAAGUAAAGUCCAGGAUCAAGGAACUCGAGUCUUUAUAUAAAGGUAAAACAGUUAUUAUUGGUGUCGACCGUAUGGACUAUACGAAAGGAUUACCGGAAAAGAUGGAGGGAUUUCGAGUUUUCCUAGACGAGCAUCCGGAGCUAAGUGACAAAGUGAUCUUGAUUCAAAUUGCCGUCCCGAGUCGUGAAGACGUCAAAAAAUAUCAAGACCUUGAGGGUGAGGUGAGCAAGCGCGUGGGUCAGAUCAUUGGAAAGCAUGCCUCUCCUCACUCCACGCCGCUGCUCUAUAUCCACCGUUCCGUUUCAUUUGAAGAUCUUACAGCCUUAUACUCAAUCUCCGACGUAUGCCUUCUUACUUCUCGCCGGGAUGGCAUGAACCUCGUGGCUUCAGAGUUUGUAGCGUGCCAAAAAGUAAGACAUGGUGUACUGGUACUCUCUGAAUUCACCGGCGCUGCAAGUUUCUUGAACACUGGGAGUAUCUUAUGUAACCCUUCUAGCGCAGAAGGUGUCUCCGCGGCGCUUUACAGAGCUGUCACUAUGGGCCAAGAAGAGAGGCGGAAGAACUACGAAGAGUUACGUGAUUUUGUCACCACCCAUACAAGGUUAGACAUUUUUCUGUGUUGA